UUGCCUAGCCACUGCAAAGUGGUUAUCUAAAAAAAUUGAAAACAAGAUCAGAGAAGAUAUGGAGAUUAAGGUUACUGAUCUUAUUCCCUGGAUAAGGGAGCAUGUUGUGCUAGAUAUUCCUUAUAUGCGUGCAUAUAGGGCAAAGAAGUUAGCAGUGGAAAGGAUUAAUGGAAAUGCAAAGGUUCAGUAUGCAAGAUUGAGGGAGUACAUGGCAGAAGUUAGGAAGACAAAUGUUGGCAGUACAUGUCAGGUGCAGGUAAAUAGGGAUGCUAAUGAUAAGCCUGUUUUUUGGAGGUUGUAUAUAUGUUUGGAUGCAUUAAAGAGAGGAUUUUUGGAGGGUUGUAGGCCAUUUAUUGGGUUGGAUGGCUGUUUUUUAAAGGGGGUUUAUGGGGGCCAGCUUCUUAUAGCUGUGGCCCAUGAUGGUAACCAGGGAAUAUUUCCAAUUGCAUGGGCAGUGGUGAAUGUAGAGAAUACAGAAAAUUGGGAUUGGUUUUUGUUUAGGUUGCUUCAAGAUAUUGGAGUUGGUCCUUGGACCUUUAUAUCAGAUCAGCAGAAGGGUUUGGUACAUGUGUUUGAGCAUGAUCUGAGUGAAUAUGAGCAUAGGUUAUGUUCAAGACACUUGUAUGCAAAUUUCAGCAAAAAAUUCAAGGGUGUUCAGCUUGAGCAUCAAUUCUACAAGAUUGUUAAGGCCACUACAGUGCAAGAAUUUCAGGGAGAGAUGUUGAAUAUGAAAACUUUGGAUGCAGGUGGCUGGAAGUGGUUAGAUGAGCGGGCAGACAAGAAAUGGAGCAAGGCGAAGUUCAACACAUUGUCAAAGAAUGAUUGUGCAUUAAAUAAUCUCUGUGAGAGCUACAACUCUAAGAUACUAAGACACAGGGCUAAGCCAAUCAUCACUCUAUUGGAAGAACUUCGAACAAAGUCGAUGAAAAGGCUUGCGAAAUGUAGAUUGGAAAUGGAUAUGAAACAAGGAUUUCUUGUGCCUAUUGUGAGAGACAAGUUGGAGAAAGAAAGGGAAGAAUGUGGAAUGUGGAAUGCUACAUGGGCCAGAGAUGAUAAUCAUUCCCUUUUUGAAGUUUUCAAACAACCAUCAAGUUCAUUGUCAACUUGAAGGAGGGAAGUUGUUCAUGCAGAGUUUGGGAUCUCACAGGAAUUCCUUGUGUCCAUGCACUGGCAUCAAUAAAUUGGAAUGGUUUACCAGUGGAGUCAUUUGUUAGUCCUUACUACCAGAGAGAGAGAUAUCUUAAGGCAUAUGCACAGAUUAUACAUCCAAUCAAUGGUCUAAAGCUGUGGGUCAACACUGGGGCUGAAGCAAUAUUGCCACCACCUCCAAGGAAAGCUAGGGGGAGACCUAAGCAAAAAAGAA